AUGGCGGCUGUGGCGGCGAAGGAGGCGCUGUUGGCACUUCAGCUCAGUUGUCGGGGCGAUGCUGCGCGCGAGAGUAUUCUUCGUGACUGGGUAAAGUUUGUCGAAUACCGCAAGGAGGUUUCUCUGCUGCAGUCUCUCCCUAAAAUGCCGACGGGCGCUGCUAUCGACUGGCUCAAACUGUACGAAGAGGUCGUAUCUCGCGGAGGCUUCACUGUCGUCUCUCAGCGUCAGCAAUGGGCCGAAAUUCUAGGUCCUAACGGACUCAACAUCAAAGGACUCAUGCCUUAUCAAUUGGCAGCCCAUUACGACCACUACCUGCGAGCAUUCGAAGAGAAACAGCUCUUCGGACGAGACCUCCCUCCCUCCGAAGCCACUAUGAAUGUACUGCCCAACAAGCGCCGCGCUCAAGUGGAAACAGACGACGACACAGCCCCCGUUGCCACUAUAAAAGAUCUUCAAGAUGCACAGGGUGGCAUGGGUGGAACUCCAUUGCCACGAGCGAAUAAGAGGUUCAAAGCUCAACGAGAACUCCAGACGCACCUCGGAACGCUGCAUAACAUCGUGUUGGCGUUGGACUCGGAUUUACCCGAGCAAGUGCUGUCAGCUCUCAAUCUACUGACUGUAUUAUCUUACGGAGACCGCACAGAUGACUCUGGACAGCACCAGAACGCAGCGACAUCGAAUGCCAACGCAACAGCGAACGAGAACGAGCUAUUGGUGGAUAAUGUGCCGGGACUAUUGGACGCUUUGUAUCGACAAUUAGUGUCAUGCAAAUUGUUGCCGGAUGAGCAAGAAAUGGUGCAACAACAAUCUAUUCGACGAAAACUACUGAAUUUGACAGUCGAUGACGGCGAGCGUGAACUGUUGGACUCUCGAGCUCUGCUAGUUUUGAACAUCAUACGCAAUCUGGCAAUCAUCGGCGCAAAUGAAAAGCCAAUCGCUGCUCACGACGAGUUGUGUGUGUUCUUUAUCAUGGCUCUACGCUACGUGAACAGUACCGACGCACGUAACUGUCGCGGUGGACGCUCCCGCGCUGCUGUGGACAUCGGGGACCAUGUGUUGGAUACAUUGUGUGCUGUCUCGAAGCGUAUCGACUUCCUCGCGCUACAUCCUCCUGCCUCUCUUGAAGUGUGGCAUCCACAGCACCAAUUAAACGCCCAAUUGUGGAAAAAAGAUCGCGUGUUGCCACUCGAGUGUCUACUUCGCGAACUGCGUCGCAUCCUGGUGGACCGAGAGCUCCAGCAACAACGUCGUUCUAUCGUCCUUCGCGCUUGUGAACUGCUCACGAAGAUAUGUCGCGAUGUAGCCAUUAAGAGGUUCUUGUCGGCCAGUCAAGCACUACAAGACCCAGCGUUACUUGACCGUGUGGUCGCAUUGCUAGGCUGUUCUCGACAAGAGUUCCUCCCUCGUGGAUCAAAGCACAAGACGCAACGAUCCCACGGAUUCCCCACUGAAGCUGACUAUGACUUGGACGCAGAGUCUGAUUCUGACGAAGAUAUGACUGAUGGAGACGACAACAGUCGCUGGCCUGCACCCUGGGAGAACGACGGGCUGCCGUCAGGUGUCGGGAUGGGCGUCGUGUACGUCAGUCCGGAGGGUGUGCGCCACACGACGUCGUCGCCUCAUGUCGGUGGGGCGCAUGCAGCGCACUCUGUGGCUUUUGACCAAGGAAACCAACUGGAUCAUGAGAUGCGAGACGCAGCGUUGGAAGUUCUCUUCCGUCUCUCCGACUAUGACGACGAGACGAAGCUGCGAAUGGCGCGACAUCCGACGUGCAUGCGGCGCUUGGCAGGCUCGCUUCUUUCUUGUGUCGGAAGGCCGGAAGCAGCGCGGAUUAUUGUUGCCACCCUGUGCAACAUUUCGAUGAACCGUGCCACAUUUCCGUAUUUUUUGCCAAUUGAGAAGGAUCUGAUUCUCGUGGCGUGCUCCGAUGUCAGUGUGUCUGACAUCCUCAACAACGUCGUCGCUGACGUCUACGGCAUGCAUUCUCUGUAA